UGAGUGAAAUUAAUAUAUUCUUUUUUGGUUUGCAAAUUUUCAAUAUAUAAAAAUUAAUCAGAUUAUUUACAAUUUAUGCAAUACGUCCUAUGUGAUUGUCUGUUUUUAUACAUGUUUAUCGCCGAUGCACGUGUUUGCAUUUAUUUACGAAUUUACGGCAAUCAUUAAAAAGAUGAAUUCUUCAAACUAUUAUUAUAAAAUCAAUAAUAAACAAUUUUCACGAAUGAAGAAAAAGGAGAAAAAAGUCAUCUCCACCAUCAUUCGACAAUAUUUUUUCGAAGAUUCAGAAUUAAUCAUUGAUGAUAGUGUUGAAUCCGAUCGAACUUUGCUUGUCGAUAAUCGAGAUAAUCAAAUUUUUCUCACAACAACGGAAAUUUUGGAACUGAUAAAUGAAAAAAUAAAUAAUGAUAAAAGAAUUCCAGAUUUAUUCGAGGAUUAUUUUGUUAUGCCAAAUAAAAAGUUUUUAAUCCUAAAACCAGCCAAUGAAGAUAUAUGUCAUCAGAUUUAUAGGCUGAAUUUUGAUGAGAAAUUCAAAGAUUAUAAUUUAAAUUUCAUAGUUAUACCGAAUAAAUUGCUGGAAUUAGCGAUACAAAAAUACCAGUCUACUGUUGAUCAGAUUUUCGAUUUAUUCAGCGAGGAAAAUAAGCCAAACGGAUUGAAAAUCAUUGAUGAUUUUCUAGAUGAAUCGAAAGAAUCGAUUUUUAUGAAUUUUGUCAAGACAUACUUUGAAAUCGCCACUAAAGAGAAUAAAAUAUCUCGACUGAAAAAUCGUGAAGCCAUCCAUUUUGGUUAUGCUUUCGAUUACGAACAAAAUUUGAUUAUUAAUGAUUCUAGACAAGUUAUAAGUCCGGAGAUUCCACGAGAAUUCGAUUUAAUUUGUGAACUUUUUUUAGAAUUUGUACCAGAAAAGCCUGAUCAAUUGACGAUAAACCGUUAUGCAGGAGAAAAAAGUGAUCAUAUUCCGUUUCAUUGUGAUACACAUUCCAUGUGCACUGAAUGGAUUAUAUCACUUAGCAUAGGAUCCUCCGUAGUUAUGUCAUGGAAAAGGCGAAAUGAUGAUGAUAAUAUCAAACAACGGGCAUCGACAAUACUACCACCUCGAUCAUUGAUGAUAAUGCAGGAAGAAGCUAGAUACAAUUGGAACCAUGGUAUUACUAAAACUAAAAUUGAUUUGGUUCCAUUCAAUAAUAAUUUUCCCAUCAAACGAAAACGUCUUUCAUUUCAACCUCGUUCCGAACGUUAUUCAUUAACAUUCAGAAAAACUAGACCUGUGACUGAUCAAUGUCAAUGUGAUGAAUGUAUUAAACAAAAUGAAAAUGAUGAGGUUGCUGGUUUCCAGAUAUCUAAUCCGCGAAAAUUAGAAACGGAUUUCGUUCAUCGAACCUAUGAUCAAAUAGCUGAUCAUUUCAGCACAACACGAUACAAAUGCUGGCCACAAGUUGUUAAUUUCCUCGAAUCAUUACCAGCUGGAUCUUUUGUCCUAGAUGUUGGAUGUGGAAAUGGCCGCUUUCUUUCAGUCAAUCCAUCCAUUGUGACCAUCGGAACUGAUCGUUCGAUCAAUCUGCUCAAAAUUUGUCAUCAACGUAAUUUGGAAACAUUUUUGGAUAAUUGUCUCUAUGUUGAUCAAACUAUACGUGAACAAGUAUUUGAUGCUAUCAUUAGUAUUGCAGUUAUUCAUCACAUGGUUACUGAACAACGACGUGUUAGAGCGAUUCAUGCCAUUUUGAAUCUUUUGGCAAUUGAUGGCCUUGCAUUGAUCUAUGUUUGGGCAUUCGAACAAAAACAUGAAGGUUCAGCAUCCAAAUAUUUGAAAACAACCGAGACGGUGAUAAAUAUGGAACAAGACGAUGAAAAUACCUCGUUUCAAGGUACAUUGUCCAUACAUCAGAAUCGAACAGAAUUUCGUGAACAAGACAUAUUAGUUCCUUGGACUAAAAAAAUAACUAACGACAAACAAUCAGAAUUAUCGGAGAAGUUUUUUCGAUUCUAUCACGUUUUUCAACGUGAAGAAUUAGAAAAUUUAGUUAAUAUGGUUGCCCAAAAAGAAACUAGAUAUUCGAUUCGAAUCGAAAAAAGCUAUUAUGACGAAGGAAAUUGGUGUGUCAUCGUUCGAAAGACAAAGCUCUAAAUGAAAUCGAACAACGUGAUUACCACAUGAAUUUCUAUUCAUAAGGAUUUCAAAAAAUAUAAAGCGAAAAUAUCGUUUAAUAAUUCAUUUAUUUUAAUUCUGUGAAAAUCAUUUAAUUUUUAUUUGUCAACUUGAAUAACAGUAAUCAUUUUAUAAAGAAUAAAAUAUAGAUAAAAAAAAUUAAGCAAAAAAA